GUACAAGUAGAAGCUGGUUGAGCCCGCAAUAUUUCAAGAUGGCCGACGAGAAUGUGCAAAAAGAAGUUAAACAUUUUCACGAGUUUGGCCUUGAUGACCGUCUUUUAAAGGCAAUUUCGAAGUUAAAGUGGUCGAAACCUACAGCAAUUCAGGAAAGUGCCAUUCCUUUGGCAAUUGAAGGAAAGGAUAUUCUCGCUAGAGCAAAAACAGGUUCAGGAAAAACUGCAGCGUAUGCUAUUCCAAUUAUUCAAAAAAUCCUGCAGGAGAAAAAGACCAACCAAAGUGAAGGAUCUGUGAAAGCACUGAUUUUAGUUCCAACUAAGGAAUUAUCUCAACAAGCAUGCAAAAACGUAAAGGAUCUUACGUCAUACUGCUCUCGGAGUGUGCGUGUUGUAGACGUUGCUCAAGCAACCCUGGAUGUGGUCAGGCCAAUUCUGUUGGAAAGACCAGAUAUUGUUAUUGGUACACCAAGUCGUGUUUUGGCCCAUCUCCAGGCAAAGGAUCUUGAAUUGAAGGAAACGUUAAAAAUGUUGGUUGUUGACGAAGCUGACUUGGUGUUCUCAUAUGGUUAUGAAUACGACUUGAAAACAUUGUUAAGUCAUCUACCAAAGAUCUAUCAAGCAUUCCUAAUGUCCGCCACGUUAUCAGAGGAAGUAAAAGAGCUCAAGAAAAUUGUAUUGCAAAAUCCUGUGACUUUGAAAUUAGAUAUCUCUGAUUUGCCAGAAGAAAGCAGUCUAAAACAAUAUUUAAUCAAAUGUGAAGCUGAUGACAAAUUUCUUCUGGUUUACACCCUGUUGAAGUUGAAGCUUGUUCUUGGAAAAACGUUGAUAUUUGUCAAUGGUAUUGAUCGUUGUUACAGGCUGAAGUUAUUUCUGGAACAAUUUUCAAUCAAGACAUGCGUUCUUAACUCAGAAUUACCACAUAAUUCACGAUGUCAUAUUGUGGAGGAAUUCAACAAAGGAAUAUAUGACUACAUCAUUGCAACAGAUGAAAACAUUGAUUCUGCAAAAUCUUCAAAACCUCACAAGAAUGUAAAUAAAGCCAGUGAAUAUGGCGUAUCUCGUGGUAUUGACUUUCAAGAUGUUGAGAAUGUUCUGAAUUUCGACUUUCCAAAAACGGUUGAAAAUUACGUUCACAGAGUUGGCAGGACGGCUCGUGGUCAUAAUACCGGCAACGCACUCUCACUAGUGACGUCAUCCGAUGACAAAAUGAUUACUGCCGUGGAAGAGCGAUUAUCUCCGAACUUUGCGUCGGCAAAUGAACGCAUUUUCAAACCGUUUAAGUUCAAAAUGGAGGAGAUUGAGGGUUUUCGGUAUCGUGCCCAGGAUGCUCUGCGCGCUGUAACGAAAGCUUCAGUGCGGGAGGCAAGAUUGAAAGAAAUUAAGUCGGAAAUAUUAAAUUCAGAAAAAUUAAAGGCUUUCUUUGAAGACAAUCCGCGAGAUUUGCAGCUUCUGAAACAUGAUAAAGAUCUUCAUCCUGCGAAGAUUCAACCGCACCUAAAACACGUCCCGGAUUAUCUGGUUCCUGAUACGCUGAAACCAACAAUGACCAAUUCUCAACGACGAAAAAGAAGCUACGUUUCCUUCCAUAAACACCAGAAAAAUAGCAACAAGAAACAAAAACUAGACCCACUGCGUACCUUUAAGGCAACUCAAAAAUCUCACGAAAAUAAGAAACGACGGAAAAGUAAACGCUGAUUCUGUUGCAAGGAGUUGUUAGGAAGUUUCCUGAACACAAAUUGUGGAGACCUCGAAGAUAGGAGCGUGAUUGAAGUGCAUGUGUCUUGGGUGUAUUUAGAGAUCAUUGAUGGUUUGGAUUGCAAUCAAUCAAUGGCUGUAUUGGAAAGUCUGAGAUGUUGAUUAUACUAGAGGUGUCUGUAGGUGAAAGAAACAGUAGCGUGCUACUGAUUUCUCAGUACUUCUCAGUACUGAAGUAAUGGAACCACUUUUAAUAUCAUGAGCUUACUUACUAAAUUUCCAUUGUGAACUUUAAAACAUACAUGGUCAUAAAACGGGGAUAUUUUGUAAUAGGUUCUUUCCUAAUAUAUUGAAUA